CUAAAAAAUCGUUGAAAACCAAAUACAAAGGUCCGACAACAAGCACAAGGGAUUCGUAAAGUCCGCUGGUUCGUUCCGUGGCUCAGUAGGCAUAGUGUCUGACACGAUUUGCUAGAAGACGAAGGUUCAAAUCCGGCCAGAUGGUAGGUUUGGUAAGUGUUCCGGAAGUUCCGGAAUGUCCGGAAGUGUAUUUUCUUACGCUUAUAGUUUCAAUUCAAUUACCACUGCAAAUCUAAAUUUGCGAUACCCAUUCGUCUCAGGUGAUGACAAAACCAGUGGUGACGACUAAGAACACGUCACCCGGUGACAAUGGAUAAUUUAAUACCCAUUAUUCGCCAGUAAUAACAAAUCAAGAUUACAAAUAGAUGAUUUUUUUAGGCUAACAAGAAUAAGUGUUUUAGUCUCGUUCAGGCUUACAAGAGUUUAUCUAUCACUGGAAGGCUCAAUACGUACGACACAUAUAUAUAUACAGAUAACACUCUAUUCGAUACAUUGUAAUCUGUGAUAUAUUAUCAAUACGUUUCGAUAAGGUGAACCAACUUUGGGCGUUGUUUUAAAAUUAGUAUUAGUAGAAAUUGUUCCUUGGUAUACAACCAUGAGUGCCGUUAAGAAAUAUUUGAAGGAAGAAACCCAAUGGAAGCAGUUAGGUUUCGAACACCUAAAAUCACCUGACUUCUAUCUCAGUCCAUGGCAAAGGAAUAGAUCGUCAGUGCCUCUGUUAAUAUUUCGAAUGUUCCUUUUCUUAGGCACAUUGGCAAUAGUGAUAGCGUCUAUGGUUUAUUACAUACAAAAUGCAAUGUAUAGGUUCUGGUUCAUAUAUUUGACUCAUUGGGGGUUGACUGUAAUUUUGCUUACCACUGGAUUCGCUACAGCUGUGUCUGCACGGUGUCAUUUUUACGGACCUUUAAGUGCUGAGUUUUGCUUGCCCUGGUACGUGAAGACUUUCUGGGUGCUGUACAACAUCAGCGUACCUAUCGGUUUCCUCAUUACAAUUUUUUAUUGGUCUGUACUAUAUGAAGCUGGUAUCGAAGAAGAAAUGAAUCAUGGACUAGACGUGGCUGUACACGCUUUGAACUCCGUAAUAGUGUUCCUGCUUCUAAUAACUUCGAAGCACCCCAGUCGGCUGCUACACUUCCACCAUGCUAUUGUAUUUUGCUUCAUCUACCUCAUCUUCAACCUUAUUUAUCAUUUUGCGGGUGGUAAGAAUCCAGACGGCGACUCAUGGAUCUACCCAGUAAUAGACUGGAGCAAACCAGGCGUUACAAUCGGCAUUGUAGCAUGCGUGGCCUUGCUUCUUGUAAUUUUGCACAUGAUCACCGUUGGUUUAGCUGCAGCGCGCGAUCGCAUCGCCUCUCGGGUCUUGCAUCCUACCGACAGUGGCAAAACCGAGCAAUUGCCGCUGCGGCAGCAGCAAGCUUAAAUAUAGAUUUUCAUAGUUGUGCGCUUUAGGGUCAAAAAUGUAUUGAGCUUAAUAAUCGUCAGAAAUAUUUAUGACUGUAUUUAGAAAAAUGUAUAGAUUAAACGCUAUACAUAUAAUAGUUGUCGCGACGGUUGCUUGUCCCUGGUUCUGAGGAUGUUAUUUAUAAUGUUUACAUACACGAAGACUUUUAUAUAGACUUUGGUUGUGCUUUUAGAAUAGG